UAAACGCCUAAACCUGGAUUGCUUAUCAAUCCUUUUUAUGGCACCCAAUUAUUCAAAUCAACACGUUCUUAUCAUUGAGCUCAAGUACCAAUCGUUUGCAUAUAGCACCUGAUAAGGGUUGGAAAAUUAGAUUAACGCGGAAAAUGCAACCGCUAAUCGAUACAUAUAAAUUAUCGAGGUGGAAAACUCGUCCAUUGAAGCAAUCAGUUCCACCAUGAAGACCUUCCAAUCGAGAACAUCGUCCCGGAAGACUUCUUUCGCUAAGGAAGCGACCAAACGCUCCAAAGCUAAUCAACGUGAAAGAAACCGGAUGCAUGGCUUGAACGAUGCACUGGAUCGUCUCCGUCGGUGCGUCCCGUUGCCUCAGCUCUUCAACGUGAUCGUCAAGUGUGACCAAUCGGUUCCGCAGAAGCUGUCCAAAAUCGAAACACUGCGUUUGGCCAAGAAUUACAUCUGUGUUUUGUCGGAAGCCCUUCUUCGUAAUCGACCGUUUGGCUACGAGGAACUGAUGGACGCUUUGUCUGCUCGGCUAAGUCAAAACACGUGCAAUCUGUUGCGUACGCGACUGCAGUUGGAUGACAAGUUGAAAGCUGCCUUGGUGGAACCACGCUAUGCUAGGGAUUGCUGCUACUGUCGAUGUGAUGGAUCCUCCUAUGCAUACUGCCCUGCCGGAAUGAGGAUUGUGAGACAGACAAGAAUCAACACACCCACGGUUCUGUAUGAAUACAUGGAUGAGCGUUGCACUUGUGAAACUAAAAGUUUUAGUUUGCAGAAUAUGAAUGAGUAUCAAUAA